AUGCGCGCGCGCGAGCUCGCGAGACGCGCUCGAGCGCUGUACAGGGAGCUGUUCCGCGUCAGCAAGGCGUUCCCGACGGCGAACCGGGGGGCGUACGUGCGAGCGAAGACGCGGGCGGAGUUUGAGAAGAACGCCUCGGUCGAGGGUGACGCUUUGGAGGAGGCGCUGAGGCUGGGGGAGGCGCAGGUGGAGAACGCGCGCGCGUCGGCGGAGCACCUCACCAAAGUGUUCGCGGACGAACGGGUGCACGCGCGGGUGUGA